GACUGAAAUACAAAAGGGGGAAGUGGCCGGCGAUUCUCAUCCUUUCACCCUAUUCGGAGCUCCCCCAGCAAAACAGAUGCAGCAAUAACCACCAUGUCCGUAUGUUAUAGCACCUCCUCAUCUUUCUACAAACACCAUAUUCCCACGUAUUCCAAACCCAUUUCCAUUUCAACUCGAACCAUCAAACCCUUUAUCGCCACCAAGUGCACACCUUCUGAUGAUGCCAACGAUAUCCAUGAAUUAUUAAAGAUACUUCCACAUGAUUUGCGUGACAAUCUUGUGGUGGAGUCUAAAAGAGAUCAACUGUUGGAGGUAAUAUUGGAUCUUGGUCGUUUGCCUGAGGCGCGCUAUCUCGGUGAUUCGGGUAGGAGAUAUUUAAGAGAUACUGAGGUUUCAAUGGAAGAGCUAGAAUACGCAGAAAAUGCCAUUGGAGAAAUAGGAGGAGAUAACAGAGCUGGAAUUACUGGCACCCUGCACCGCAUAUCUGCUGUCAGAAACCGAAAAGGUGGUGUUGUUGGGUUAACUUGCAGAGUUGGCAGGGCGGUUAGGGGUCAUAUAGACAUGGUCCGGGAUCUGCUUCAGUUUGGAGAAAGUAUCCUCUUUAUUGGAAGGCCUGGUGUCGGGAAGACUACCGUUAUGCGAGAAAUUUCGCGAGUUCUUUCAGACGAGUUACAAAAACGAGUGGUGGUGGUUGAUACCAGCAAUGAAAUAGGAGGGGGUGGGGAUAUACCGCACCCGGCCAUAGGCAGCACAAGACGAAUGCAGGUUUCGAAACCGUUUAUGCAACACAAGGUCAUGAUCGAGGCGGUGGAGAAUCACAUGCCUGAAGUGAUUAUUAUCGACGAAAUUAGCACUCGGGAUGAAGUUAACGCUUGUAAAUCGAUUGCGGAGAGAGGAGUCAUGCUUAUCGGUAGCGCUCAUGGUGACCGAUUGGAAAAUAUCAUCAAGAAUCCUGUUUUGUCCCGUUUGGCUGGGGGAGUAGAAACGGUUACUUUAGGGGAUGAGGAAGCUCGAAAGAGAAAUAGUAGGAAAAGUGUUAGUCAGAGGAGCGGUCCUUCUACCUUCCCGUUUAUGAUUGAAAUGAGAGAUCGACACUAUUGGGUUGUACACAAGACGGAAAGAAGUGUGGAUGCAUUGCUUCGUGGGGAAAAGCCUCGGGUGGAGGUUCGGAAGCGGGAGAAACAAAUGAAAGUUAUUAUAGAAAAAUGGAAAAUUGAGGAUUAGAAGAAAACAUAUCCUGAUAAUAAAUUUCAAGAUGAGUUUUACAAUAGCUUUAACAUUUUUAUUUAAUUAGUUGAAAUAUUGGAAUAUAUUUUGAUAUUAUCUCAAAUGAAAUCAUGAUAGUUUUUGCGGUUG